CCCAUUUCCUUCCUUUUUUCUGCUCUCUCUGCUCUCUUCUCUUCUCUUCUCCUCUCUCUGCUCUCUCCUUAGUCUCGAAAAUGGCAUCAAAAGGAAAGAAACCAAUAAGAAGAACAACUACAACAACAAGAAGAAAGAGAAGCCAUUUCAAGAACCCAUCUCCUCCUCCUCCUCCAUGUAGUACUAUCAUCAAUAGUGACGUCACUUCAACGCCAUCUUCACCUACUACUUCAGCCGCCACAUCAACGACCAGGCCUCCAUGUUCGAUUCCACCAGAGAGUGGAUGUUGUACACCGAAGUCUAAGAAGUCACGUAUACCGGAGAUGCUGACGUGUCCCCCGGCGCCGAAGAAACAAAAGGUGGCUCAAAACUGCGGUUUGAGGAGGAGACAAAUCUCUUUCUUUGCAUCUCCAGAUGUAGAGAUGUUCUUCGUCUUCGCACUUGGUCAACAAAUCGAUAAAUAAGUUAAGUUUUUAUGAUAUUAGGGUUUUUGUGAUUAGUAUUAUCAAUAUCUUAAAAGUUUCUAGUUUGCUUAGAAUACAAUAAUAUAUAUUGAAGUAUAAUUAUAUAUAUAGAGAGUGUAGUGUGAUGUUUUGCUUCUUCUUAAAUUUGCUUUUCUUCUCCUUCUUUGUUUUUAUUUUGGGAUAAUUUUUGAGUUAGGUGGGUUUGAAUUUGUUUGUGGUAGGGUAUGAUUAAUCAAAUACCCUAUCUCUCUUUUUAUUGUAGUUAAUUAUAUUUUGUCAUUGACUGGUGCUUCCUAACAUUUCAGGCUUGUUAGCUUUGUGCAAUUUUGUUGUUUGUAAUUUUGGUUUGAGUUAAAUUACAAGUUGGAUUAUUGUUUAUACACACUUUAAUUGGUUC